AUGUCUACAGGUUUAAACCACCAACCCUCCCCUUCUUUCUGCAUCGAAGCAGUACCGAGAAAAGAAAAUAAAUGGCUCUCGCUUCUGUCUCUACGAUUUGGUGCAGUACUAUGUACCAUGAUAGCGAUAAUCUGCUUUGCCUGGGCUAUGGUUCAGCAUCAUGAAGGAGUCGUUUCAAGUGAUGGGCUCGGAGAAGCGUGGUCAAGCAUAAACCUAGGCACAGUGAGCGCAAACAUUCCCACCAUGAUGGUUUUAUCGGAAGGCUUGCUGACUCUACACUCCCGUCACAACCAGGCAUCAUACGGAUUCGUCUGGUCCAGUAUAUUUCUUAUCGUCGUCUUUUGCAACUGUGCUGUUCACCCUGGUGUAAUCGUUGCAUUCGACUGCAUUUCCUUCAUUGCCCAGUUAAUCACAGUCUGCUUUGAUUUGCACGAGCUUGCCUAUUGGAACCUUGGUGGUUAUUCUUACUCCAGUAACCAUAAAGCUGGCCCAUUAUAUGGAGCGGAGUGUUUGGGGUGUUCUAUGAUACUUAUUGGAAUCCUUUUUAACCUCAUCCUUUGUGUGCGCGCCUCUAUUGCCUGCCAUAGGCUGCGGAAGGCUGGAAAGCAGCUGGACAAUAAGCAGACUCUUGAGGCGUGA